AUGAAGAUUAUUUUAAAUUUAUUUUUACUCUUCAUUGGGACAAAUGUCCAAACAUGGGCAGUAUCUGUUGUACCAACAAAACCUGUUGUAUGCGGCCAAUGUGAUCCAGGCAAAUGUCCAAUGACAUCGGAUAAAGAAUGUUUGGCCGGUUUAUCAUUAGACGCUUGCGGUUGUUGUCAAGUUUGCGCACAACGUGAGCGUGAAUUAUGUGAUCAUCCAGAUGCUCCGUCAGCAAAAAAAUAUGGUUCAUGUGGUGAAAAUCUUCAAUGCAGAAUUCGUCCAGAAGUUAAAACCCAUCAGGAAGCAUUGUGUGAAUGCAAUGAUCAAAUAGAAUUAUGUGGUUCUGAUGGUAAAACAUAUCGAAAUUAUUGUCAUUUAAUGGAAUCAGCUAAAUUGGCCAAAGCUGAACAACAACCUAUCAUUAAAGUUUAUAAACGAAAACCAUGUGAUUCACCACCUGAAAUUACUGUGCCACCAGUAAAUGUUGUUAAUCAAACAGGUAGCAACGUAUUUUUAACAUGUGAAGUUGCUGGUGUACCGUUACCAGUUGUCGAAUGGAUCUACCAACCUUCAGCUGGAAAAACGAUUGUUUAUCCAACCGAUGACGAUCGCAUAUCGACACUUGUUCGAGGUGGUCCAAAUGCUCAUGUUUUAACAUCAUGGCUUCAAAUCCAAACUCUACAAAAUACAGAUCAAGGUGUUUAUACUUGUAUAGCAACAAAUGCUUUAGGAAAAGCAGAAAAAACAGCUUAUGUACAAGUUGAGACUCGUCGUGAUCUAUAA